CCGGAACUCGUUUACCGUUCGGACUCCCUCACUACGCUCUUCCUCAAGCCCGUCGACCGACACGCCCAUAUCCCCGCCCAGUCGCUCCGCGUGGUUUUCGACACCCCGCUCAAUAGUGUCUGGGACACUGUAGGUCCCCAGAUUCGUGACCUGAUCAAGGCUCGGAAGAUUCGGUCGUCCGUCGACUCUGCCCGCUUCUUCACCCACGGGCCGCCGAGGGAGGAGGCGAAGGGGAGUCUCGGUCCCGUCGUCAUUUAG